AUGUUUCGCAUCGCUAAGCUCUUUCGCUAUGCGGAGCUGUGUCUGGCUGUUGUUCUCAUAUCUUGGGCCUUCACAAGGGUCCCUUUCGCCUUGAAGAUCUCCGCCGAGUACUUCUGGAAGCUCUCCGGCUUCGUUGUCAGCCACGUCUUCAUUUUCAUGCUCUGCAAUGUCAUCAUCGUCACUCUCAUCGCCAAGUCCGGCAGGUUCUCGGGUCAAAACCCGACCGGUCACAGUGACGAGACCGAACUCUUCGAAGAAUUCAUCAAACACGUCAGCGGUGGCUCCACGGAGCCGCAGCCCGAAACCAGAACGCCGGCUCACGAUCAGGACGUAAUCGUUUACCAUGACAAGCAGAUCAUCUGCGAGGUGAACAGGACCGCUCGCGAAGACGAAGAUAAAACGGAAACGGACUCGGAUACGGACAUAGUGCAUGUGCAUCCGAAAGCGUACCGGAGGACUCAGUCAGAGAAGAUAAAGCGACAGAGUCAGGAGAAGUCACGCGGAGAGCUACGGAGAUCGGACACAGAGAAGUGCAGGAAAGGUGCGAGCUCCGAUGAGAAGCCACAGGAGAGUCAAUAUCCGGAGGAUAAGCUGAGCAACGAGGAGUUCCAACGCACCAUAGAUGCCUUCAUUGCGAAGCACUGGAAGUUUCAUAGCGAAGAGUCUCUUCCCAUCGUUCUUCACAACCAGAUCCAAGUACCCGUUGGCAAUUAG